AGUAUGAGAGAGAUUCAGAGUGCCAGAAUUCGUUUGUCUGUGCCAAGUCUGGGCUGGCAGCUCCGUUCACCAUCGCUGCUUUAAUAGAGAGAGAGGAGAAGAGGAGAAAGAGAGGGGGGAGAGGGAGAGAGAGGAGGGGGUGGGUCUGGAAGUCUUCUGUGGUCGCUUUUAUGGAUUCGAGGACGUGAUCUCGGUUGCAGUGUAAACGGUGGAGAGUGGAGAGGGGAGGGUGGUAGGGAGCGGGGCGGUUAUCCCAGAUUCGGUCGUAUCACGGGAAUAAGGGUUUUAAAUUUACUCCCGCUCUAUUCUCGGCUCGUGCCCCGCCGAAUUGGGAUUCUACGGGGGUGGUUUUCCGUCGCUGUCUCUUCUGGCGAGCCGAUUUAUGACGGAGAAAGGGAAAGAUCAAGCGCUUUUCGGUCUCGAUAUCGGGAGAGGAGGGUCCUUUUCGUUUCGUUCCGGCUCCGGGUAUUGGGGAUUGGGAGUUUCCACUGGAGAGCGCAAAAAGUGUAAUGCACUUUAAAGACAGCACCAAAUGGCUUCACUGGUCCCUGGGGUCCUCCUUAAGCUCUUCCAGCACAUGAAUACAGAUGUCAAGGUUGCCGGUGAACACCGCUCGUCUCUCCUUCAAGUUGUCAGCAUUGUUCCAGCCCUUGCUGGCAGUGACCUCUUCUCAAACCGAGGCUUCUACCUUAAGGUCUCUGAUUCUUCCCAUGCUACCUAUGUAUCCCUACCUGAUGAGCAUGAUGACCUUAUCUUAAGUGAUAAGAUACAAUUGGGACAGUUCAUUUAUGUUGACCGCCUUGAAGCAGCCUCCCCUGUACCCAUCCUUAGGGGUGUAAGGCCAGUCCCUGGCCGCCAUCCUUGUGUAGGACACCCUGAGGAUAUUGUGGCCACCAGUUCCCUGGGUUUCCUUGGUACUGAAAAACCUCGGCUGUCUAAUGGCUCAAAGGAUGAUGCUAAACUGUCUUCAGAAAAAGAGAAGAACAAAUUGGGGAAACAGAAUGGAACUAUUAGAACUGAGGAGGUUGAAAAGGAAAAGGCGCUGCUCAGUAAGUCAAGCUCUGCACUCUCGAAACAAGCAGCGAAUGGCAAAUUGGAGACAAAGGAAGCUAUGGGUGUGAGAUCAAGAUCAAUGAACUCAAGGUCAAUACCUUCAUCCCCGACAAGUGUUUAUUCAUUGCCUGCAUCAUUUGAGAAGUUCUCCAAUGAUCUUAAACAGCAAGCAAAAAUUAAAGGGCUAGAAAAGCCAGCAUCUUCACAGUUGGUUUUGUUGGAGAGGACAGCAUCCAUUUUAAAGGUUACCACAGCUGGCAGGAAGGCAGCUGCUGGAAAUUCUACUCGGAAUUUGGUGCCAGGCAUUGAAUCAAGUCCCAGGGCUUUGAGAAGGAGCUGGGAAGGAAGUAUGGAGACGAAAGGGAGGGUUCAUUCUAACUCAAAGGCAGGCAAACUUGAGACAAAAUCUGAGACUCGAAGUGCUUCUGUUCCUCGAAUAAAAACUCCAUCAAAUGAGAAGUCUUUAUGUAAAGAGGAUAAUAACGUUCAAACUCCUGUGAAGAAGGGAACUGCAAAUGCAGCUUCAGAUGAUUCGGAUAGGUCAAAUAAACAACGGGCUUCUAUCAUAAAGAAGACACAAGAGGCUACUAACAAUCUUAAUCUCGCUAGCUUAGUCAAGUUUGUCUCUAAUAGCAAAAGAUGGACAGAUGGUAGUGUUUCAUGGGCAUCACUUCCAUCAUCUCUUGCAAAACUCGGAAAGGAGGUUUUGAAGUAUAGGGAUGCUGCACAAGUAGCUGCUAUUCAGGCUUUGCAAGAAGCCUCUGCUGCAGAGAGCUUGAUUAGAUGCUUAAGCAUGUACGCAGAAGUAACGUCCACCGCGAAGGAGGAUAACCCCCAGCCGGCGGUGGAGCAGUUCCUAGCCCUCCACGCCUCCCUCUCCCGCGCCUCCCUCGUCACCGACUCCCUCGCCAAGACUGCGGUAACCUCACCGGACCAGGCCCCGGCGGGUAACCCCAUUCCAGAGGAAUCCCUCAAGAUCUGCGCCGACAAGCGCCGGCGCGCCAACACCUGGGUCCACGCCGCCCUCGCCACCGACCUCUCCCCCUUCUCCCUCUACCACCACAAGCCCCACCUUCCGCCGCUCUCCGCCGCCGCCGCCGCCUCCACCUCGUUGGCGGUGGUCCUCGACGGCCCUUCCAAAACCACGGCAGCUUCCUCCAAGGCCAAAUCUCGGGCGCCUCCGCCUGCAGUGCCUGUGAGUUCUGGAUCGGGGAAGCCGUCGCCGGCUACGACCUCCAAUGGGAAGGCGCGGGGAACGGCGGCCCCGCGGUCACCGCCACCGGAGUGGGCUCGCGGUGGAGGGCUGGAGGAGGGGGCGGAGCUGGCGCGGGUGCUGAGUGAGGAGGGGAGGGGGUGGUUCCUGGGGUUCGUGGAGAGGUUUCUGGAUGCGGACGUGGCGGCCCCAGGGCCGUGGGAUCGGGAGCAGGUGGCCGGGAUGCUGUCACAGCUGAAGAAGGUGAACGAUUGGUUGGACAGGAUCGGGCGGCGGAGGGAAGGGCAGGCGGCGGAGGCGGAGGACGGAGGCGGCGAAGGGGGAGGCGUGCCGGAGGAGACGAUCGAACGUCUGAGGAAGAAGAUAUACGAGUAUCUUCUCGCCCACGUGGAGUCCGCCGCCGUCGCUCUCGGCGGCGGGAGCUCGGCCGCGGCGGUAGGAGGCGGAGGGCGGCCCGGCCGGAAGGGAUGAUCGAAUCUGUUGCGCGAAUCUCGAUGCAAGUUAAAGUAAGUGUUCCCCGCCGUUGGAUUCGUGGCAGCGUGACGAUUACCGGGGCUAGUUUACGUGGCAUCCUGUGAUUUUUCUGUUUUCAUUGUUGGUAUUAUGGGAGCAGGCUAAUUUGAGGAGUGCGUGUACAGAUUGGAUUUCUGUGAGGGUGCUGGUUGUGUUCUCCAAAAGGGCGUAUGGGAGAUGAGGGAUAAGAAAGGGAGAUUCUGGUGUGUCUUUUUUUUUUUUUUGGGAAAAAAAAUUUGAAAGAAAAAAAAAAGACACAAAAGGAGGAAUUGGGGGCAGCUUUUGAUACUUGUUAAUUUUUUUAUUCUUAUUUUUUUGCCUUAAUUAUUGUAUGAAAUUGUAUUUAUAUGUGGUGAAUAGUUGAAGAGAGGUGCACUGUUUUGCUUAGUUUCUGGGUUUUUAAUUUUUAAAAGUUUGUAAAUGUUUCUGAGCUUUAAAGGCAAAGACAUAACAAUUAUGUCAUUUUUUUUUACUAUCUGUCAAAUUUAAUAUCAAACUCAUAUAUUGUAAAACAUUCUGU